GGCCGCCCGCGCGCAGAGACUCGUCGAUCGUUAACGCGUAGUACCACGGCCAUUGUGCUAAAAGAACCCACGACGCUCGGAUAGUGAACGCUGAGGACCGGGGACGUGUAGUUUUUCCAAGUUUUUCCUCCUGUGAUAUUUAGAUUGUGCCAAUAUAGAAACGAGGAAACGAUACCAGAGAACAUGGAGGAUGACCAGCAGUUCUGCCUUAAAUGGAACAAUCAUCAGAGCACACUGAUACAAAAUUUCGACACGCUUUAUGAAAGCGGUACGCUGGUCGACUGCACGUUGGCAGCGGAGGGGAAAUACCUAAAGGCCCACAGGGUAGUCCUCUCCGCGUGCAGUCCAUAUUUUGAGGGCCUCCUCAGCGAGCACUAUGAUAAGCACCCUGUAUUCAUACUCAAAGAUGUAAAAUUUAAAGAAUUGAAGGCGAUGAUGGAUUAUAUGUACAGGGGAGAAGUGAAUAUCUCCCAAGACCAACUAACGGCACUCCUUAAGGCUGCCGAGUCAUUACAAAUUAAGGGCCUUUCGGAAAGUAAAACGGGCGGUGGUAACAAUAAAACAGUUUCGAGGGUAUCUAAAGUCGCGCCACAGCCGAGGUCAUCGCCGUUAAACAUUUCCUACGCGUCUUCCGGUCUCACCAUUGAAAGGAACAGAGUUCCUAGACAGGCACAAAGUUCUAUAGGGGAUUUGCCCGAAGACUCGCACAGUCCCCAAAUACCUAAGGAGCUUUCCUCGAGGGAGGGCUCGCAAAGUCCAACAUCAAAGAAAAGAAGAAGACUUAGAAGAAGAAGCGUCGGUGAAGAUAAUUCCGUAGAAAAUCACGAAGCAUCGAAUUCAAGCGAUAUACCUCAACAAAUGGGCGUGCCGGCACUUGCGAUAGCACCUGUCGCGGACGAAAAAACGAACGCUGAUCCCACGGACUCCCUCGGCAGGUCAGCUUUAAUGACGCAGCUGACGAAACCUGCCGAUGAGAUGCUUCAGAUACCACUCGAAAAUCCCGAGCCAAAUGAUAAUCUCAUCGAGCCAAAGUCCGAGUAUUUGGAGGACCAAGAAGAAAGCGUUGAGGAUCUGACCCUAGAUGAUGAUAUGAAUGAUUUGAAUGAAAUUGAGCAGGAUACGAAUAGGGCCGGGCCGUCCCAUGAUAACUCUCAACAUCCUGCUGGCCUUGCAACAUGGCACGUUACCGGUGAUCGAAGUAACGCGGGUGGUGUCGUGGGUUCGGUGGCAGGUGCACCAGGAACGACGGACGAAGUCUUUCUUGCAGCCCAGGAGGCCGCCCAGGCCCACCGCGACUCACAAGACUAUCAUCAUCUUAUCAAGGAAGAGUCGAAGAGCGAUACGAAAAGAUUUUUAACGUUGUUGACCGAAUCAAGCAUUAAGUUCGCUUGUCCAACAUGUGGCAGAGCAUACAAUCGUCGGGCCAAUCUUCGUCAGCAUAUUAAAUAUGAAUGCGGCCAACAGCCACGCUUCAAAUGUCCAUAUUAUAUCAUUCAAUUGGGUGACUUCAGGAUGAUGCCACUGAAACAUCAAACCUCUUCUACCAAAUGCAAAAAGAGAUUCUCAUGUCCAAGAUGUGGUAGUACAUUCAACAGGAAGAACAAUCUUGGUACUCACGUCAAGUACGAAUGCGGUCAACUACCGAGAUUUGGUUGUCCUUAUUGUCAAUACUGUUCGAAGAAAUCUUCUAAUAUACGUGCACAUGUACCUAGAAAACAUUUCGGUCGUAAAAUUUAUGUAAUCGACGUUUCAACUAAUUUAAAGUACGAUUACAUAGUUAAAUCGGACUUAGAUACUAAGGUCGAGGGCACAUUUUUUGAAUCUUUUAAUUAAUUGAAUAAAAUCACUAUAUAUAUAUAUAUAUAUAUAUAUAUAUAUAUAUAUAUAUAUAUAUAUAAAAUUAUAUUUGUCAAUAUAAUUAAACUUAAUACUUGUUUCAUUCAUUCUUUAAUUCUUUCUUUCUUUCUUUCUUUUAUUAUUUAUUUAUUUAUUUACAUAAUUACGACUUGACGACUGGUCAAGUUUCAAGCUACAUUUUACAAGUGUCAAUAUAUGUGUCCCUCUUUUUAAUGUUUAAUAAAAAGUGUCGUUUCAUUGAAAUUCGUGAUAUAUAGAUCAAUUGUAUGUUUCAUCCUUUGGAAGAUAUUUAUUUAUUCAUCACCGAUGAAUCUCAACCUCCGAAGAAUACACACACAUAUAUUAUACAUAUAUGCUUCUUCAACCGAAGAACCGUGUUUUUAAACGAGCAAAGAAAAAAUAUCUCGCACCAAAAAAAAAAAAAAAACGAAAGAAAAACAAAAAGCAAAUCCAAAAAAAGCACAAAAAAGAAACAAAAAGCUUCGUUCCGCAUCAUCUCCUUGUCUGUUAAUGCAAAGUUAUUAAAGAGGUAUUAUACAAUUUUUUAGUCAAAAUGGGUACACAUGUGUUUCAGGAUUGUCUUAUCAAGUGUACGCUAACCUGCCUUCUACAAGGACCUUCCUUUUGGAGAGUCAUUCAUCGAUCUCCACGGGAAUGCCUAUGGGAACAAUACCAAUUACGAGAACGGGUUUAUGGGAAAAAGUCCUUCAUCGAAAAUAUCCAUGUUCCAAUUGUAAAAGUGUUUUUACUCGUAAGGGUGGCUUAACUUAUCAUCAGAAAUUCGAGUGCGGUCAAAUGCCACGAUUCAAUUGUCCCUAUUGUAAUUACCGAGCUAAACACAUAUCCAAUGCACGCAGACACGUAAGAAAUUGUCACCCAGGAAAAGACGUUUAUACAGUUGAUAUAAAUCAGCAACAAUCUCAACAUCACCAGAAACAAUCAGAUCUUUGAAGAUACUUAAGAAGAUCCGAAUCGUUUCGUCUGGAUCGUCUCGUUUCGUUUCGUUUCGUUUCGUUUUUCUUUUCUUUUCUUUUUUUCCUCAAUGAAGACGAAGAAUAAUGAAUUUUCUUUUCUUUUUUUUAUGAAAUUUCUCUAUGAAGUAAUUGUAACAUGAACAAACAGAUAAUAUAUACUAUUACGUCGAAUGA